AACCUCUCCUGGUUGUAAUGUUUUGAAUUUUUUGAGUGAGAGUGCAAGUACAAGUGAAUAAUCCCUAAGACAAUAUAGCUACUCAUUACCUAGUGGGAGAACCAUUUGAGAAUAAGUUAAACCGAAUCAAAUUAUCUGGAGAAAUAAGUUGAACACUGGAAACUACAUGAUGGCCAUGCGAUUGAUGACAGGAAGGACAUUGAGGCAUUUAAAGAAACAACAGGAGGUGAUUCAACCCUUCAAAUACCUCCUGGUGCUCGACUUCGAGGCGACCUGCGAGAAAGACAUUCCCAUAAUGACUCCAGAGAUAAUAGAAUUCCCCUGUCUAGCUCUGAACACAGAAAGCUGGGAGGUUGACAAAACUUUCCACAGGUACAUAAAGCCCCGCGUCAAUCCUCUCCUCAGUCCCUUCUGCACAGAGUUAACUGGAAUUAUGCAGGAGACAGUGGAUAACGAGCAGCACUUUCCCCAGGUCCUCGAGGAUUUUCGCAACUGGGUGGAGCAGAAUGAACUUAACGGGGAUAAGAGUGCGUUUGUCACAUGUGGGGAUUGGGACCUGAAAGUGAUGCUACCGAGCCAGUGUGCGAUCGACGGACUAGCAGUGCCCGAAUACCUGAAGACUUGGAUCAAUCUCAAGACGAGCUACUGCGAGGCUACCCAUUAUUAUCCCCGAAGUCUCCGAGACAUGAUAGCUAGGUUGAAACUGCCAUCUCAGGGCAGACUACACUCUGGGAUACAUGAUUCUAUCAAUAUGAUCAGAGUUAUAGAGAUGUUGGCCAAGAGUUAUCAUGCUAAAUUCGUGUUGACUUCUAGCUGUUGAUUAGUUUUUAUAGACUAUUGUAAAUAAAAGAGUGAUGAGGGAGUUUAUUAAGAUAAAUUAAAGCGACAGUCAUUUUAAUAAAAGUCAACUUUUUACUAGACUGAACAUUAAUAUCUACAAUAGUUCCAAAUUUAAUCAAAAUUCUCAUUUGAAAAAUCAUCCUUCAGAUGUGUAAAUGCACAUGUUAACUACAAUUAAGUACAAAUCUUAUUAAAUAUUAAAAAUUUUCAUCAAUAGAGUUUAGGCACAAUUUGGAUUCUUAUAUUUUUUCGUGAUAAUUAGAUGUGCGACUUAAGAGAGAAAUAUGUUGCAAAUUAAAUCAACUAGGCUUAAGAAUAUUAUUCUGCUUGCCAAAGCUAUCGAAAAUCACAUCAUCUACUUUCAUCAUUUGAUUUAAUUGAUGAAAUGUUUAACCAAUAAAAAAACGAUAACCGAUUCAGGGAAAAUUAUGAGAUUUUUAGUAAACUGAACGCUGAUUCUUGUAUAAAAUACUUUCGUUGAACAUAUAAAGGCACAUAUUACCUAGA